AUCCAGCUUGAACAAUGUGAAACUGCCUUUUUAGUAUCUGAUGAUGAAUUGGAAGAUUACGUGAUUGAAUUAGCAUAUUAUUGUUCGGUCGAUACCAUGAGAUUACAUGAGCUUAAUAUCAAGAGAAAUAUUAUCGGUGAUUAUAUUCAAUUAGCAGAACUCUCAUAUGUGACGAUAUCAAAUGUGUUUACGAAUGCCGUAG